AGCGCGGCUGCAGCGCGAGGGGCGGAGAGGCAGUGCACGGAGAGAGGACCAGACGCCCAGGUUGCCUGCAUCUCAGAGCUGCAGUAGACUAAACCGCUCCCCGGCCCUGCUCCGCCGCCUCGUCCGGGCGCCCCAGCUGCUUUCUCGGCCCCAGCGAUCGAGCACCUGUCCUCCGUCUUGGUCUCAGCUGAGCGACCCCUCCUUCGGAGCACACACCAUUCCUGCAGCCUGAGAAGUGCCCCAGCUCUACUUGGCGACCACCAUGGCGGAGACUAACAACGAAUGCAGCAUCAAGGUUCUCUGCCGAUUUCGGCCCCUGAACCAGGCGGAGAUUCUUCGGGGAGACAAGUUCAUCCCCAUUUUCCAAGGGGACGACAGCGUCGUUAUCGGAGGGAAGCCAUAUGUCUUUGACCGUGUGUUCCCCCCAAACACGACUCAAGAGCAAGUUUAUCAUGCAUGUGCCAUGCAGAUUGUCAAAGAUGUCCUUGCUGGCUACAAUGGCACCAUUUUUGCUUAUGGACAGACAUCCUCAGGGAAAACACAUACCAUGGAGGGAAAGCUACAUGACCCUCAGCUGAUGGGAAUCAUUCCCCGGAUUGCCCGAGACAUCUUCAACCACAUCUACUCCAUGGAUGAGAACCUUGAGUUCCACAUCAAGGUCUCUUAUUUUGAGAUUUACCUGGAUAAAAUUCGUGACCUUCUGGAUGUGACCAAGACAAACCUUUCUGUGCAUGAGGACAAGAACCGGGUCCCAUUUGUCAAGGGCUGUACUGAACGCUUUGUGUCCAGCCCAGAGGAGAUUUUGGAUGUGAUUGAUGAGGGAAAAUCAAAUCGUCAUGUUGCUGUCACCAACAUGAAUGAACACAGCUCUCGAAGCCACAGCAUCUUCCUCAUCAACAUCAAGCAGGAGAACAUGGAGACUGAGCAGAAGCUCAGUGGGAAGUUGUAUCUCGUGGACCUGGCUGGGAGUGAGAAGGUUAGCAAGACUGGAGCAGAGGGAGCUGUGCUGGAUGAGGCAAAGAAUAUCAACAAGUCGCUGUCUGCCCUGGGGAAUGUGAUCUCUGCAUUAGCAGAGGGCACUAAAAGCUACGUUCCAUAUCGUGAUAGCAAAAUGACACGGAUUCUUCAGGACUCUCUGGGAGGAAACUGCCGUACAACUAUGUUCAUCUGCUGCUCACCAUCCAGUUACAAUGAUGCAGAGACCAAGUCUACACUGAUGUUUGGACAGCGGGCAAAGACCAUUAAGAACACUGCCUCAGUAAAUCUGGAGUUGACUGCCGAGCAGUGGAAGAAGAAAUAUGAGAAGGAGAAGGAGAAGACCAAGGCCCAGAAGGAAACAAUUGCAAAGCUGGAGGCUGAGCUGAGCCGCUGGCGCAAUGGAGAGAAUGUGCCUGAGACAGAGCGUCUGGCUGGGGAGGAUGCAGCCCUGGGGGCCGAGCUCUGUGAGGAGACCCCUGUGAAUGACAACUCAUCCAUUGUGGUGCGUAUCGCACCUGAGGAGCGGCAGAAAUAUGAGGAGGAGAUCCGCCGCCUAUAUAAGCAGCUUGAUGACAAGGACGAUGAGAUCAACCAGCAGAGCCAACUCAUCGAGAAACUCAAGCAGCAAAUGCUGGACCAGGAGGAGCUGCUGGUGUCCACUCGAGGAGACAAUGAGAAGGUCCAGCGGGAGCUGAGUCACCUGCAGUCAGAGAAUGACGCUGCGAAGGAUGAGGUGAAAGAAGUGCUGCAGGCCCUGGAGGAGCUGGCUGUAAACUAUGACCAGAAGUCCCAGGAGGUAGAGGAAAAGAGCCAGCAGAAUCAGCUGCUAGUGGACGAGCUGUCCCAGAAGGUGGCCACCAUGUUGUCCCUGGAGUCUGAAUUGCAGCGGCUCCAGGAGGUCAGUGGACACCAGCGAAAACGAAUUGCUGAAGUGCUGAAUGGGCUGAUGAAGGACCUGAGUGAGUUCAGUGUCAUCGUGGGCAACGGGGAGAUUAAGCUGCCGGUGGAGAUCAGUGGGGCCAUCGAGGAAGAGUUCACCGUGGCCAGACUCUACAUUAGCAAAAUCAAGUCGGAGGUCAAAUCUGUAGUCAAGCGGUGUCGGCAGCUAGAGAACCUCCAGGUGGAAUGUCAUCGCAAGAUGGAAGUGACUGGGAGGGAGCUCUCAUCCUGCCAGCUCCUCAUCUCACAGCAUGAGGCUAAGAUCCGCUCACUAACGGAAUACAUGCAGAGUGUGGAGAUGAAGAAGCGACACCUGGAAGAGUCCUAUGACUCCUUGAGUGAUGAAUUGGCCAAGCUCCAGGCUCAGGAAACUGUUAAUGAAGUGGCUUUGAAGGACAAGGAGCCGGACACUCAGGAUGCAGAUGAAGUGAAGAAGGCCUUGGAGCUGCAGAUGGAAAGUCACCGGGAGGCCCAUCACCGGCAGCUGGCCCGGCUCAGGGAUGAGAUCAAUGAAAAGCAGAAGACUAUUGAUGAGCUUAAAGACCUGAAUCAGAAGCUCCAGUUAGAGCUGGAGAAACUUCAGGCUGACUAUGAGAAGCUGAAGAAUGAAGAACAUGAGAAGAGCACCAAGCUUCAGGAGCUGACAUUUCUGUACGAGCGACAUGAGCAGUCUAAGCAGGACCUCAAAGGUCUGGAGGAGACAGUUGCCCGGGAACUCCAGACCCUCCACAACCUUCGCAAGCUGUUCGUUCAAGACGUCACGACUCGAGUCAAGAAAAGUGCAGAAAUGGAGCCCGAGGACAGUGGGGGGAUUCACUCCCAAAAACAGAAAAUUUCCUUUCUUGAGAACAACCUGGAACAACUUACAAAGGUUCACAAACAGCUGGUACGUGACAAUGCAGAUCUGCGUUGUGAGCUUCCUAAAUUGGAAAAACGACUUAGGGCUACGGCUGAGAGAGUUAAGGCCCUGGAGGGUGCACUGAAGGAGGCCAAGGAGGGCGCCAUGAAGGACAAGCGCCGGUACCAGCAGGAGGUAGACCGCAUCAAGGAAGCUGUUCGGUACAAGAGCUCUGGAAAGAGGGGCCAUUCUGCCCAGAUUGCCAAACCUGUGCGGCCUGGCCACUAUCCAGCAUCCUCUCCCACCAACCCCUAUGGCACCCGGAGCCCUGAGUGCAUCAGUUACACCAACAGCCUCUUCCAGAACUAUCAGAAUUUGUACCUGCAGGCCACACCUAGUUCCACCUCAGAUGUGUACUUUGCUAACUCCUGUACCAGCAGUGGAGCCACAUCUUCUGGUGGCCCCUUGGCUUCCUAUCAGAAGGCCAACAUGGACAAUGGAAAUGCUACAGAUAUCAACGACAAUAGGAGUGACCUGCCCUGCGGCUAUGAGGCUGAGGACCAGGCGAAGCUCUUCCCUCUCCACCAAGAGACGGCAGCCAGCUAACCUCCCACACCAAUGGCUAUAUAACCCGCACUUUCAGUUUCUAAGAGGGACUGAGGCCUCUUCUCUCAGCAUGCUGCAAACCUGUGGUCUCUGAUACUAACUCCCCUCCCAACCCCUGUUGUUGGACUGUACUGUUUGAUGUCUUCUCUCACUUACUAUGUAUCUCUUUGUACUCUGUAUCUAUAUAUUGGAAGCUGCUGCUA